AUGACCAUCACCAAGGUGGCCAUCGCAGGAGGCACUGGAAACCUCGGUCCAUCAAUUGUCAAAGCUCUCCUGGACGCAGACUUCGAAGUCACCCUUCUUACCCGCUCCACCUCUGACGAGCAGGACCCACGAACCAAGAUCGAAGUAGUGGACUACGACUCUCUGGACUCUCUUACUAAGGCGCUGACCGGUCAAGAUGCCCUUGUCAACGUUCUUGGAUAUGGUACAAUCUCAAAAGAAAUCCACCAACGUGUUGUAGACGCAGCAUAUAAAGCCGGUUUGCAACGGAUUCUCCCUUCAGAAUUCGGCAGUGACACGACCAACCCACUCGUUGCCCAGCUGCCUUUUUUCGCGGGCAAGGCAGCUCUCUUAAAGCAUGUGCAAGAGCUCGCUGAAAAGGAUAAAGCCUUUACCUGGACUGCACUUUUCAAUGGACCUUUCCUUGACUGGGGUUUGAAAGAGAACUUCAUUCUUGACCUGAAAGGACCUGUGACGCCAAUCUAUGAUGGUGGCGAUGUUCUUUUUAGUACAACUACCCGGGAUGGUAUCGCACAAGCUGUUGUGGGGGUCUUGAAACAUCCAGAUGAAACGAAGAAUUGCCCUGUCUUCGUUGCGGAGGCAGAGGUAUCACAGAAUCAGUUGCUACAGAUGUCUGGACGGGCGGGCGUUGUUUCGACGGAGUCGGUUCGAACGGAGGAUUUGGAGCAGAGAGCAAUGGAUGCUUUGCAGCGUACGCCGCCGGAUCAUCGUCUCUUUGCAGUGAACAUGAUUUGGAGGGCUAUCUUCAGUCAGGACUAUGGGAAUCGGUUUGUGCAUUUGGAUAAUGAGUUGUUAGGGGUUCGCGAGCUGGAUGAGUCAGAAGUUACUGAGAUUGUGAGGCAGAACUGUUCUUGA